GGAAUGAGGAUUCAAUCAAAGACUGUGUGUGCACAUAGACAGACUAUCCAGCAUCGAGUUCACUAACCAGUUGUCAAUUUCGUGUUCGUCGCCAUUCCUGCUAGGAGAGUGAUCAGGGUGGGUUAUUCCUUGAGGCGUGUUGGACCCGAAUCAUCCAUCCCGCAAGUCCUGGAGAGUGUCUUAAAAGUCCGAUUCUCGAGUUUCCAUUCCUCGGCUUCAUCGACGUUGCUCGAUUCUCCGGAGCGUUCCACCAGCGCAAUCAGGGUCCUGUACGUGCUGUAUCACUGUAUCGUUGAUUGGCGCCGUGCCAGGACCAGCCAUGGGUGAGCAUCCGGGAUCCGUGGUGCUCGUGGUUCGUUCGCCCAAUUUCGCUGACUCAGAUUUGAGCGUGUCCGCCUUCUGGGCCUGGGAUGUGCUCCGGGUCAAGCAGGCCAUCGCUGAGGCGUGUCCGGGCCAUCCUGAUCCGUCCGAGCAACGCCUCGUAUAUGCCGGCAAAUUGUUGCAAGACUGGCAAACCUUGGAGCAGGUGCUCCGAUUCGAUGAACACGCUUUGAAUUACACGCUCCACAUGGUGUGCCGCCCACCCGUCCCCAUUCAGACUUCACCCAUUCCCUUGGUGACCGACGUUGAAAGCAGGGAAGCCGCGGUCUCGACCAGCCCCCGCCGCUCUCUGGACACGCCUACUGUGCCCAUGCCUGGGGUUGAAGCCUCGGUGCCCCCCGUUCCCCCACACGCUUGGUCCGAGCUCUUUCAGGAGCAGAUGCACGCCCUGCAGAGCCAUAACCCGUCAGCCGAUCAGAUGAUCUGGUGGCAAACCGUGUGUACCCAAUACAUGAACCAAUACAUGCAUUAUAUGCAAGUGACGGGCGCCGCUCCGACUUCGUUUCCCACCCCCACUUGGCCGCCCGGUAAUGCCCAGGCGCCUCUCACCGGCCCUCAUAAUCCGUUCUUCCCCCAUAUGGAACCCGCCGCGGGCCAGCCCCAUCCUCCGACUGAGGGCCAUCUGGCAGGCCAUGCCGGAGGCGCCGGCUUGCCUGGACCGGCGCCCGGCGGCGCUGAUAUGCCCCAGGCUGCUCCGGAAGUAGCCAACGCUGGUCCGGGUGGCGCCAUCGGGGCUGUGGCCAAUAAUGAUGAAGGUCUGGGCCAAAGAGACGCCCUCGAUUGGCUGGAUCUGGCCACCCGAGCCAUUGUGAUGUUCAGCCUAAUCUACGGCUAUUCAUCGCCCAGUCGAAUUUUGAUCGUCAUGAUUUUUGCCGUUUUGGCUUAUUUGUGGAAUGUGGGGUUCUUCCGACCCCGAGCAUUACCCAUGGCCCCGAUCAAUGCCCAACCGGAUGAUAUUGUUCCCCCGCAAGUUGACCCGAAUAAUGAAGAAGCCGAAGCUGGAACCGAGGUGGUGAAUGAUGAAGCUAUCAUAACCAAUGCUACAGAGGAUCCCCCAAGGCAGGCCAACCCCGAGUCCAAUGUCGAGGGCGACGAAAGUGGCAGUCCACCUGAGGAGAAUGAUUUAGAGCUCACCGAAAGUCCGGAUCAUCUCGCCACUGCAUAUACCUUUUUGUCGACGUUUUUCACCUCUCUCUUACCAGAGCAAUAUCAAGACGCUUGAGCACAGGGAAAAGAAUGUCAUACUUGUCUGAAAUCUACCAACCCACUCGGAAGUGCUGUUAUUUCGAGAUAGUUUCGUGAAGCCUCCUCAGGAGGAGUGCACCCUACAUCUUCAAUUGACCGACAUUGGAUUCAUCUCAAAUUACAAAAAUGCAGAAUCGUCGGGAAAAAGAGCCGUUGUCUGUGAUCCAUACCAUAUAAAUUAUAAGCUAUUUUAUUUACGAAGAUGUAUGUAUGUGAAGAGGAAAUAUCUUCCGAGGACAAUUGAAAUCCAAUUUUGUGUAUGAAUAUGUUGAAACGAGUAUAAUAAAAUCACGUUUGAAUGAG